AUGACUGACGCGUAUCUUGAAUGGAGCCUGGCCAAAUAUAAGGUAGGCUUCACAGGCUUUUUUGACCAACUGCACCGUGAAGACACACACCUCGAGAACGAUACCACCUGUGGACAAUGGACAAUGAGCGUGGUAGAUGCGUUUUGCAUUUUGCCUUGUUCACCUACAUCACUGAUGGUGGGGAUAACGACAGAAGUCCUCGAGUUUUACCGUAUCGCCUUUGUCAAGUCGCUGUGUGAUUUACGGGGGGCUGAAUUUCAUAGGCACCUAUCAUGCCAAUUCUCCAUUGCAUUUGACCUGUACCUCCAGGUACGACGUUGCGUGGCGGCAAUGGUGGCCAAAUCACUUCGCCGUGACUCGCCGGAUUGGCGUCUUAAACAUGUGUGCCCUGCUUGCACGUAUGAGUUAGUGGACGAAGAAGAUCUAACAUUCAAGCUACUAUAUGCGAUGGAUGGCAAUGAUUCCUUGAAACGAGUGCUCCGAUGGUCUUUAGAUCAUGAUGGCGAGUCUCUAGGUCCAUCCUCUGAACUUCCUACAGGUCAGCAACUCACCAGUGACCGCUACCUACCCCGCACAUUUGUCAACCAGUUCGCUUCGGACAUAUCGGACACCACUGCUGUGGAUAAUAUUAUUGUAGAAAACGAGCCUACAGAUAACUCCUGCGCCGGGCGAUGGAAAAACAUGGACGACGCCAAGACGAAGAAGGCUUGGGGUAUCUAUGACGAGACUGGUAUAUUUGUGGCCGUCUGUCGCCAUGGGUUUUCUCUCGUCAUCGCAGACAUGGUGCAGAGCGGUGAGCUUGCGAAGUAUCCUCUGGCUGUCGUGUCAAAAUUGAUGGACGUGUUCGGGAAACAAUUGGGUGGUGGAUAUGAUAUAGGUUGUCAGUUCAAGACGACACUUGACAACAGUUCCAUUGGACCUCUCGCACGCUCACUGCAACACACUUGUCUCGUUGGUGCCUUCCAUGGGCAUGCGCACAGGCGAUUGUGCCAGCUUUUCUCACUUACUACUUACAUCAAAGGUUUAGGACUCGAGGACCUGGAAACGUGCGAACGGACAUUUUCUAAAUCUAAUUCCCUAGCGUCCGCACUACGUUAUGCAAGUGUAUUCCAUCGACAACAGGCCAUCGACAGCCUAUUUCGAGCACAACGAACAACUUCGAAGUAUACGCCAAUCUUUACUGUUUUCGAGCAAUGGCUGGAGGAAGAGAAGGUAUAUCUACAAAGUCUGACGCGAGAACCUGAGGACGAAACUGUUGCAGAUGGAAUAUUGGCAAAAGUUGACGAGUCUUACUGCGAGCAACUUUCCAGGGCUCAUCUCACCUGGAGGCUGCCUCCCGAAACUGCACGAUGGCACGCCCUGGAGGAUUAUGAGAGGCACAUUAAAGUCGUUCAAGCACUCGAGUGCAAGCUUGAGGUCGAGAAACGCUGGACUCCCGAAGAUCCGCAAUGGCAGAAAGUUGGAAGACUCGUUGCAAACCAGAAAUACCAGCAUGCACUGGAUCGCCUCGAAGGAUUAAUUGUGGCACGCAUAUUUGAGCUGACGAAGAUGAAUCGGGCAGGCACAGGCUAUAAACUAAGGAAGCAUAUAGCUAAAGCACUACAGACUCGUUCUGUCGCUAUCCGAUCUGCUCUAAACACGUACAACUCCAUUGCCAGCUCGAUGUACCCCCCACGCCAGACUCUCAAGUGGGAAGAUGUUGUGGAGUACGCAUUUCUCGCAGACUUCGAUCUGCUACAUGACACGCGUGCAGAUGUGUCUCGACAUCCUUGGUCAUCACCCGGUGCUCGUAGCGCGAUGGACCUAUACUUCAAAAUGUGUCGGGCACGUGAGGAGAUACAACGCUUGAAUAUCGAGACACGACGCCUAGCGACAUAUAUACAAGAUGAGGACAUUUAUCUGCGGAGGUGCGAAGAUCAAUUGAAGGAUGCAAACCCGGCUCUUGCCCAUCAGGUUGCGUUACAUCGAAAUAUUCGAGGACGAUUCAACUCACGGCAUUUGAACUGGCUCUACGAUAUAUCUAGGCUCAGUGGUUUCAGUGGGAUAAUAACACCAGGUGCCAGCAUUAACACCAGUCUCGGGGACAGCGCCAAUAAUGGUGCAUCCGUAGAUUCAGACACCCAAGAUGAUUUGGAUGGCGAGGAAGAGGAAGAGGAAGUAGCAGAGGAAGUAUCAAGGAGUCUUCAAGAUGUCCUACGCAUUGCUGAUGAUUUCUCGCAGCUUGAACUUCAUGGCAAUACUGACGAUGAGAGUUAG